GAGGAUGCGCUGCCUUCAGAGGCGUGGAUUCUCAGCUCCACUGUCUUUUUAACGUCACAUCUGCUCCUCGCCUUCAAACCGAGGUGCAGAGAAAUGGAGCCCAGCUUUUCUGCAUCAUAAAAAAGGAUGAUCCGUCCAGAUGUUUCUAAUAAUAGCCGCUCUUCUUGCUCUUUGCAUCAUGGAUGUCUCCGGAACGGUGUCCCUUCGAGGUAGCGUGGGAAUAUCUCAGUAGAAAAGGCUCCGGCAUCCAUUCCUGCGUGGCCGUGGGAGCAUCUCCUCUUCCGGGAGGCUGGCUGCAGGCUUGCGUGGGGAUGCGUUUCUCCUCUCUCCUCUGCACGCGGGGUUUGUCUCCAGAGGAGCGGUAGGCGAUGCGGGAGUAUAAGGUGGUGGUGCUGGGCAGCGGCGGGGUGGGCAAGUCCGCCCUCACCGUCCAGUUCGUCACCGGGACGUUCAUAGAGAAGUACGACCCGACCAUUGAAGAUUUCUACAGGAAGGAGAUCGAGGUGGACUCCUCUCCAUCGGUGCUGGAGAUCCUGGACACGGCGGGGACCGAGCAGUUCGCCUCCAUGAGGGACCUUUACAUCAGGAACGGUCAGGGCUUCAUCCUGGUCUACAGCCUGGUCAACCAGCAAAGUUUUCAGGACAUCAAGCCCAUGAGGGACCAGAUCAUCAGGGUCAAGAGGUACCAGCAGGUGCCGGUGGUGCUCGUGGGGAACAAGGUGGAUCUGGAGGACGAGAGAGAAGUGUCCCCCAGCGAGGGCCAGGCGUUGGCCGAGGACUGGGGCUGCCCCUUCAUGGAGACGUCAGCCAAGAGCAAGACGAUGGUGGACGAACUGUUUGCUGAGAUCGUCAGGCAGAUGGACUUCUGCCCUCUGCCCGACCGAAGGGAGACCUGCUGCCCUGCCUGUAGCAUUCAGUAACCGCCUGAGGGAGGAGCGGUGGGUGGAGGGGGGGAGUAGAACGCGCAUUAAAGUGCAAAUGUAUUCGUGUUAGAGAGUCGGAGGAGAAAAAUCCACUUGUGUUGAUAGUAUUUCUUCAAGUUUCAGCCUUCUGUCUGGAAAGGCAUUGUGGGAAAUGUAGUAAAACGCUCUCUGAAAAAGGUAAAGGUGAGUCAGAUCCAAGCAUUCAUCACCUGUUUGACAAAAACUGGAUUUCCACUUGAACAACAAAGCAACACUCAACCUCCAGCAUCCAUCAGCACUGGUUGAUUCAUUUGGAGUGAAAUUCCUUAAUGCACCGUGGUGCCAAAUAUAUAUUAGUGAAGAGGAUUGUAGUGCUAAAUGCUCUUUGGGAAAGCAGCCAUAGGUUAAAGCAGGUAUGGCAGUGCGCUCAGUGGUCUCUUUUCCUCCCUUUGUGUUUUCCGUCUCUUUUUUGCACCUUUUUGGACAUUAUCUGGCAGUGCAAGACCUUCCACCAUGUAACAGAUACGUAACGCCACUGUGAUGGGAGUUGCACUGGGAGCUCAUUUCACAGCAGGACCCGCCUAACUUAACUACGAAUGAAUGAAAAGAUGCAAGAAUGUCUAAGAGAACCGCACCUUUGGAGGGGGGAGUUCCUGCAGAAGAUCCCAAACGCUGACCUACUGUGGAUGAUGUGUGCAUGAAGCUGUGCUGUCACACUGACACUGAGUACAAUCAGUCUCGCCCCAAAGAGGCAGUAUCAGUCAGUCAAAUUUGUCGUUUGAAAUGUUCGGACACUCGUCUUCUUUUUCACACUACGUAUGAUCCAAAUGCUUGAUUUGAGUAUAAGGUAAGCAGAAGUGUCAGCGAGUAGCUCGUCUGUCUGGGUCACACCAGUUAUGUUAGUGGUUUGAUGUCAGAAACACUUAUUUUCAAAAAAUAAAACUUUACG